CGUCACGAAACUCCAAGCAACAGCCAGAGGAAAACAAGAAGUCUGUAGGAUAGGAUGUGGCUGUAGUUACAGGGGAAAGGUGGUGUCGUUACGUCCGAGACCGAAUUAUAACCAGCGCCAUGCAGCGCACAGCAUAUCAACAGCAUGUCGUAGAAGAGUUUGGACUGUUUUAUCCUUCAUAUAUGUGUCCAGAACCAGUUCUCUGUAUUAAGGCAACUGGAAAACUGCCUCGUCUCCGGAUCAAGGGACCUCGGGAAUGUGAAUAUAAAGCGGCUAAAGAUAUAAUAACACCACCUUCAGAGCCUGUCAACUACCAAGCCAAAGAAAAAUACGCAACACAACCCAGAAUUGAUAUAAAGGACGACGAACUCGGUAUCAUUUCCAUCAAUGAUUUAGACACCUCUAUGUCUAAAUGGAACUUCCUGUCCAGUGCAGAAUGGAAGGCAGAACUAGACCGCACACCAAUAGGUCCUUGUCAGCCGAUCCCGGACGAUCCUACAUCGUGGGUCUACAUGUCCAUGAAAGAAAUAGAAGAUGAGUUCUGGAAGGAAACGUUAGAUUUUGAUGAUUAUCAACCCGUUAUUGACGCUUUACAAGACAGUCUGGAGGGACGGACGGGCGUGAUGGAACCACAGAGGGCAGUGUUUCUACUGGACACCAACCACGUGCCUCUGGGGAUCAGCAAAGUCCUUCUGGAAAAGCUCCACCACUUCUACUUGGAUAACGAGUUGUAUGAAUUUGCAGAAGAACUUGAGUCCAUUGGAGCCAAAUAUGUGACGAAGAAAACCAUUCAGGAAUGUCUGUGCAGCUCCGACUCGGAAAGUGAGUUAGCCGCGGACAUCCUAGAGGACGAACGACUACCCAGUUUUAUACGCCCCGUGGAGGACGGAGGGAGAGUCAACCACGGAGUGGACGUAUAAACUAUAAUCUUAUUCAAAUCAUCAAAACAAAUAUAUGUAAAUCGUUCAUAUUAUAUAAUGAAAAAUG